AUGCAGGCAUUGCGGUCAGGGUGGAACAAGGUGGUGCGAGCGCUGGCAGACCGGGUCUCCACAGGACUGCAGUCGGGAGAGGGCGGUCGUGCUGCGGUCGAGCGGCACGACGUGUUCCGGGCGCUGGUGCUUACCACACACCAGGCCGGGGUGAGCGCAGGCGAAGCAGUGCGGGCGCACGACGGCGCGGUUGAGAUCGAGGGUGUUGGGCGCGGAGGUGAGGAUGAGGCGGCCUUUGUGGCGGCGCAACCGCCGGGCCUGCUCAAGGAGGUUGUGGCUAAGCUGGUGGGCCGGCAAGUUGACGCGCUGUUUGAGCAGGUUGUUGCGGCGCGCGGCGACAUGGGCGUCGAGGCCGACAGCGCGCCGCGCGAGGUGGUUGGAAGCGUGGUGGUGGAGUCUGGCGGUGCACCGUGGACGUUGACUGUGAAGCCGUCGAGCGUGGCGCAUCCUGCGGCUGGGCUGGGCGUGUUUGUCGAGCGGCGCGGGGCCGGGGUGAUCAAGGCCGGGACUGUGCUCGGCUUCUACCCCGGGAUUGUGUACCCACCGCUGGACAUGCGGCUGAUGCCAAACUUCCCCAAUGUCGACGCGGACAAUGACUACUUGAUGGCUCGGUUCGACAACACGGUGCUCGACGCCAAGGGCGUGUUCGGGGCGGGCAUCUCGGCCGACGAGUUCGCGCUGCGGCUGCGCAAGCGGCGGCAGAUGCAGCAGACGGGCAAGUCACAGCUUGUGCAUGCCGCCGGGGCGGCGCAGGCGCGGGUCAAUCCGUUUGCGCUCAUGCACUUUGUCAACCACCCGGCGGCAUCGACCGGCCUCGAGCCAAACGUCAUGUGGCUGGGCUUUGACUUUAUGGAGAGCAUGCCUGGCGCGCACCGGGCAUUCAUUCCGAACGUGUACGUGCGCAAGCAGAGGACGCUGAUGACCACAGCCGGGCUGGGCGUCAUCCAGCAGGGCAUGGUCAUGCUCGCGACUCGCGACAUUGACGUCGACGCUGCUGAGCUGUUCAUGGACUAUCGCUAUAAUCCGUCGCUUGACCAUCCGGAGUGGUACGAGCCGGUGCCCGGCUCGAUGGCGGCCGAGCGGUGGGAGCAAAAGUAG